CCAUGGCCUCUGAGGCAGCAGCCGCGGGUGAUGCUGCGACGACAGGAGGACCGCCCGAAUGCACCGAGAUGGAGGAGCAGUUGGCGGAGGGAAGGAUGAAGGCAGACGAGGAAGCUCCUCCCCCCUCCCCAGGGCUGGGGGGUUCGGCGAUCCGGUGUCGGGAAGUGUGUCGGUCGUACGGGGAACUCAAAGUCCUGAGUAAUCUCAACUUGACCGUGCCACAGGGACAGAUCUACGGCCUGCUGGGUCCGAGUGGGUGUGGGAAAACCACACUGUUGAAAUGCAUUGUGGGAACACUGAAGAUCUCCCGAGGGCACAUCAGCGUGUUGGGGAAGCCGCCCGCAUUUCCUGGUCACCAGGUCCCUGGGAGGAUGGUGGGGUACAUGCCACAGGACCUGGCGUUGUACAAUGAGUUUACCAUCAGUGACACCCUGACGUUCUUCGGAAGGAUCCACGGCCUGUCAUCUACGGACACCCAGGCACGCAUGGACUUCCUGGUGGACUUCCUGGACCUACCUCAGAAGAGCAAACUAGUCCGAAAUCUCAGCGGAGGGCAGAAACGGAGGGUGUCUCUAGGAGCAGCCUUACUUCAAAACCCCCAGUUAUUGAUUCUGGAUGAACCCACAGUCGGGGUGGACCCUGUGCUGAGAGCCAAGAUCUGGCAGCAUCUAGUAGAGAUUGUGAAAACUGGAAAAGUAUCAGUCGUCAUCACCACUCACUACAUAGAGGAGGCCAGGCAAGCCAACGUGGUGGGUCUGAUGAGGAAUGGCCGACUGUUGGCCGAGGGACAUCCAGAAACCAUGAUGAAACAGCACAAUGCACCAACCCUGGAGAAAGCCUUCCUGCAGCUGUGUGAGACCUCAGACCAGGUGGGCUCCAAACACAGCACCUCCCCUCUGGGCGGAGUCCUAGAGAGCAGCCAAUCAUUCGAGAGCGGCCGGGACGAGAGUCUACCAAUCCUGGGAGCCGGAUCGGGACCAGUAGAAGAGCUGCCCAAAUACUCAGCGGACUGGAAGGUACGAGUCAGGCAUGUGAUGCCAAAGUGGAGGAACAUCGCAGCUCUGAUUAUCAAGACCACGGUGCGGAUGAAGAGAAUGCCUGGGUCCCUGUGUUUCCAGUUCCUUCUGCCAGUCAUCCAGAUCUCUCUGAUGUGUCUGUGUAUCGGAGGAGACCCCAAAGGAAUACAGGUGGCUGUGGUCAACAAUGAGACCUCCUCCAGCUCCUAUAGCCAAUCCCUGCUCUCCUUCCUGGACAACUCCAGCGUGCAACAGGUGAACCUGUCCCAUGCUGGGGCUUUUGCAGGGGCCUAUAACGGAGAGUACUGGGCCGUCAUCGGGUUUGGAAAGAAUUUUACCAGCUACCUGACCAAGAGGUUGAUCCAGAGGCAGGUCUCUAAGGAGGUGGUGGAUGGAGGGUCGGUGCACGUCUGGUUGGACCUGACCAAUCAACAGAUCGCCAUGAUGCUUCAGAAGAAACUAGCAGAUGCCUUUGAGGACUUCGUCCAGUAUAAGAUGGGGAGCAUGUCUUACCUGGUCUCUCUUCCUGUCAAGUUUGAGGAGCCCAUCUAUGGCAGCAUGAACUCAGACUUCACCACGUUUGUGACGCCAGGAGCCGUUCUGAGCAUCACUUUCUAUCUGGCAGUGGGCUUGACGGCUCUGUCCUUCGUGAUAGAGAGGAAGGAGGGACUAAUGGACAGGUGCUGGGUUGCAGGUGUUAGUUCGUUGGAGACUGUGCUGGCCCAUCUCAUCUCCCAGCUGUUUGUCAUCAGCAUCCAGGUCAUUCUACUACUGCUCUUAAUGCUGCUCGUCUUCAAGAUUCCUAAUGAGGGGAGCCUGGUGUUGGUUAUAGCUCUGAUCGGGCUGCAGGGUGUGACUGGCAUCUCCUUUGGUCUGGUCAUCUCAUCUGCCAUCGAUGAUGAACAGAACGCCAACCAAGCUGCCCUUGGUGUCUUCUACCCCAACCUCAUCGUCAGUGGUAUAAUCUGGCCUGUGGAGUGCAUCCCCUAUCCACUACGUUACAUCAGUCUGGCCCUGCCCCAGACCUACGCUUCUGAAGCCCUACGAUGCAUCAUGUACAGAGGCUGGGGUCUCUCCAGGAUGAUGGUGUGGCGAGGCUUCGCUGUCACCCUGGGCUGGAACACUUUCUUCGUCAUCCUGGCCAUCGUCAUCCUCAAGCUGAGGACCUGAGACGUCUACCCAGGGGGGGGGGGGCUUCCUAGUCUCAGGAUGUCUGUGUCGGGGGACACUGUGCUUUAAGGGAUCAAGUGCUGGUAUUCCAGAGUUCAUCUUGCAGACAGACCCUCACCCACACCGACACGCACAAUCACACCCCCUCCUCCCUCCUCCUGCUUGCCAACUACCUGACCCUGAGAACCAGAGUCUAUGGGUGAAGGACUACUAGGUGGGGCGAUUCAUUCCAAAUCUUGCAGGUAGAAAUCUACUUCAUAGAAAGGAUAGCGUUCGCUAUUCCAUUAGAGAGUUGUGGCUGCUCUUUUAUGUUGUCGUCCUUCAUGCUGCAAUGCUUUGAAUGUUUCAACCGCCUGAAUCUGUUUCUCAACCCGGUUGUUUUACAGCCUACUUUAUUACAUACAGCCCAGCUAGCACAUUUGGUUCUUUUGAAGUUGUAGGAACGUAUGUUUUUGGUUUCACAUUGGUUGUUGUGGGAAGGAAGCCAUAGUUUCCUGACCGGAAAAACUGAAACGUUCUUCAAACAUUCUGAGAAGAGAAGUUCCAGGAACAAGAUAAAUUGUCACGUCGUACUUCUCUGAACUAUCUGAGAACAUUCCCAAUGUCAAACCAGUUGGAGAACAUUACCAACAUUGAAAUUAAAUGUAGCUGUAUUUGAACUGAAAUGAAACGUUGAAAUACAUAACGUAAUGAAAUACCAAAAUACGUUUUUUUGUUGUCAAGUUCAUUAAAUGUGCUGAGAAUGUUCCAAAGCCAAUUAACUGUCCUGCACCAUUCCCAAGAAGUUGUGGGAAGGUUGUAUGGUAAAUAACCAUAGGCCAACCACUCUCUCACCAAGUUCUAAGUAACAUAUGGUUCUCAGAACGUUAUGUGCUUGCUGGGAGUAUUGUCUGAUUCACACUGCAGGGCCGGGCCAAGCUGUACUGGACUGGCCUGGUUACGCGUCCACCAGAGCUGCUGAAACCAUGUUGGAAAGGAUCAUGUGAAGAUAAAAUAUCAGAGCCAGAACGGUUCAGGUCGUUGCUAUAGUGUGAAUCAGACAUCAGUCAAACGGCUGGUGGACCCAGAGAACUGAGGUUGAGAAACACUGUAGAGUAGAAGUGCUGAUCUAGGGUCAGGUCCUCCCUGUCCAUCAUAAUGAUUUAUUAUGAUGCAAACGGCUAAACUGAUCCUAGAUCAACACCCUUACUCUGAGACGCUUGAUAAUAGGGUUCCUUAUCACUGUCAUGUAUGAUCUGCUCCAGAACACACUGUACACAGUGCAGGUUAUUAUAGGCCUUAGGCAUGUUUAACUUGUACCACCUGUUCUCAACAUAACAAUGCAUUGAUUGGAGGUUUAUAUAUAGAGUAGCUGUUGCGGUUUUAUGAAUAACCUCUUCUACAGUAUAUGUUGACUGUAUUUACACAAAUGAUAGAGAGAUAUAUUAUACUAUAUGUUUCAUAUUUUUUGAGGGAACUGUGUGUAAAAAACUGUUUUUGGUAUUGUGGUGUUACUGGAUAGAGGUCUUCCUAGCUGCUGGUGCGUGGGUAAAGAAUGGCCACGACAAGAUGGACUCCUGUUUCACAGCCUUUUUAUGAAGGAUGUUCUCUGGUGAUGGGAAUUCCUGCUCAGUAGAUGUUCUUCUACAAGUUCUACUACGGUGGAGACACCGGCUCU